UGUUUCGAAAAUCUGUUCGUUUUCGAGGGUACAUUCUAUAUUUUCUUUCUUCCUUCUUAUUUCACCUAAAACGUAGGUGCGAGUCUGGUGCAAGCUUAUACCUCAAGAAAGUACAGUUAAAAUGAACAGACUUACUGUUAAAAUUUAGAAUUUUUUUAUUGUUAAUAAAAUAAUCAUUGAAAAUUAUUAUUAUCGCUUGGUAUUGGCGAAAAUAUAUAUAUAUGAGAAAGUAAUUUUGAGACUAAAAGUAGGAAUAAAUAAAACCAUUACUCGUAAGUUAUAUAGACACGAAGUGAUGGUUGUCGACAGCAUAGCCUUGACAACGUUAUCCUAAAUAUGGCAAUUAGCGCCUAAAUAUAAGACAAUUGCAUCUAAUGUCGUGUGAUAACAGUAAUCUUUAACAUUCUUCGUCUUCCAUUUAAACUACGUUCUGUAUUGUAUUACUCUUAUCACGUAAUUUCACGUACAACGUCUUUAACGAGUUACAAGUGUUGGGAGAUGAAAAUCUAAUCAAAAAAUAAUCAAGUGCAAAAAUAUCACAAACUCGCUAUUUGAUACUGUAUUAAUUAUUGGUAUCAUUGCACUACUCUCCAUUAUUUUAUAUGUCAGAGCACGUGGAAUUGCAACAUUUAGUUGAUGCCGAUGUGGAAAGUGACACAAGAAAUCCGAAAAGAAAAUUCUCCAUCCUAUUCUGCAAAUCGUGUCCUUACUUGGGUCUAAUAUUAGCAACACUCUCAUCCCUGUUCUUCUCGUUAUGCAGUGUCAUCGUAAAGAGUCUGGUAGAAGUAAACCCCACAGAAAUGGCGAUCUUCAGAUUUGUGGGAGUACUUUUACCAGCUAUACCAAUUGUGAUUUACAAAGGAGAGCAUCCUUUUCCGAAAGGACGUAGAUUAAUACUUAUUUUAAGAAGUUUUAUUGGUACAACAGGGCUCAUGUUAAGUUUUUACGCGUUCAGGCAUAUGCCGUUAGCCGAUGCCUCUGUUGUUGUAUUUUCCGUUCCUGUGUUCGUGGCAAUAUUUGCGCGGAUAUUUUUGAAAGAGCCCUGUGGGCUGUUUAAUGUCGUUACCGUGUGUCUGACGUUAAUCGGCGUAAUACUGAUAACACGACCGCCGCUGAUUUUUGGCAAUACUGUAGAAUCCCUCUCAGAUGGUAAUGUCAAACCAGAGCAUGCAGAUUUAUGGGGUGCCGUGGCUGCUUUCGCGGCUACUUUAUUUGGCGCAAACGCGUACGUCUUGUUACGCGCACUGAAAGGUCUUCAUUUCUCCGUUAUAAUGACAAAUUUCGGCUCGUUUGCUUUAGUACAGACCACACUUAUAUCGUGGGCUAUUGGCGCGUUAUGUUUGCCACGCUGUGGUACAGAUAGACUUUUGGUUGUCGCGCUCGCAUUGUUUAGCUUCGCAGGUCAGAUUUUACUAACUUUGGCUCUUCAGAUGGAACAAGCUGGCCCAGUGGCCAUAGCAAGAUCAACAGAUAUUGUCUUCGCGUUUUUUUGGCAGGUGCUAUUUUUCAACGAGAUACCGAAUCGAUAUUCUGUAGGAGGUGCUAUAUUGGUCACAAGUUCAGUUUUGUUAACAGGAUUGAGAAAGUGGGCUCUCUCAUUGCCCGAAACAUCUAACAUCAAAAAGUCUCUUGGAAUCUUGGUAAUGUAAGCAAUAUCUGUUUUAUUUGCAGAAGUGUAAUAUAUUUUUUUUUGUAUUUUACUUAUAUGAAAAACGAACAGAGAAUAUUUGACAUCAAUUUAGAAUAUUGUUCAUAUUACAAUCAGAAAUGGAUAACAAGACGUUCUUUGUUUAAGCUAUAUUUGUAUAGCAAAAGGGACUAAAUUUUUGCUUAAAUAUUCUACUUUUGAAUCUCUUGCCAUUUUAAAAGAAUUGAAAAGUAUUAAUUAAAGAAUUAAAGUAUUUCAACAUUUUAGUAUAAAAAUUUUUGACUCCAAAUUAUCUGAAGAAUCAGUAAUUAAAUAAUGACGUAAUUGUAGAGAGACGCCUAUGUGCGAGAGUAAAUCAGAAAUUAUUCGCAAUUUUUUCAAGUGAAAUAUAUUGCGGAUAAUUUCUGACUUAUCCUAGUAUUUUGUAGUUGGAAAGUUCGAUAGAAGCAUCUUCAGGCUUGCAAACUAUAUUUAAAAUUUUUUAUAAAUUAUAAUAUUAAUUAUUUUUACAAUGAAUAAUUUGCUAUU